AUGAAGUUCCUUGCAAUUGCUUCCCUCCUGGCCUCAGCCAGCGCCACCAUUGUCUAUCCCUACACCAGCGCAUCCUGCGGCGGCGAUUAUGUUGGCAAGAUCACCUCCUGCGGCUGCACCAAUAUGAGCGGCAACUACAAGAUCCAAGGGGUCAAACUCAACUUCCAAAAGGCCACUGCCACCUUUUAUGAGGGGAGAAACUGCAACGGCGUUCACAUCUCCAAGGCCUCGGACCAAAGUUGCAUCAAGCUUCCCGUCGGGUGGGAAUACUUUGGUUCGGUGAAGAUUCAUGGGGGUACUUGCUGA